UGACUGAAACGUUCGAUACACCAUUAUAUCUUCUCUAAAAACAUCCACAAAAGCUAAGACAUCCUCGGAUACAUCGACACCUUUUGUAAUAUUAUCCUCUACAGGAAAACAAUGGAGAAGCUAUCAGUGAAGUUUGGUUUCAUUGCUCUUUUAGCUGUUGCAUGCGUGAUGAUGAGUACUAUGACAGUUCAAAAUGUUGAGGCAAGUCGUUUGUUACCUGAGGAAGCUCCGGUGGUGCAUUAUGAAGCUUCGACGCAGGUUGUGAAGCCACAAGACUUUCACUGCAGGGAAGGGUGUCGUGUGAGCUGCAUUCCCAUUCAACUAGUUAUUCGCUGUGUUUGUUUAUGCUGAUUUUUUCAGAUAUGUUAUAUGUACUGGAAUUAAUAAAAUAUAAUUUUACUAAUAAAAAA